AUGAAAACACCACUCAUCCUGCCCCUGUUCUCAAUAACACUCACCUCCGCAACAGCAAAGACCCUCCAAUCCCCCCUCGACCACCCCAACACCAACAAUGCCGUCAACAAUGCCAUAAACAACAACAUGAAAGCAGGCAACCCCGUAUUCCCAGGCUGGUACGCCGACCCCGAAGCCCGCAUCUUCAACCAAGGAUACUGGAUCUACCCAACCUACUCGGCCGCCUACGAAACCCAAACCUUCUUCGACGCCUUCUCCUCGCCCGACCUCCUCACCUGGACCAAACACCCCCGCAUUUUGGAUUUCGGGAACAUCCCCUGGACCACCAAUCGCGCUGCCUGGGCGCCGUCCGUGAUUCGUCGGCCUGCUUCUCCUGCCACCACUACCAAUGGCAGGGACGGGGCAGGGAUAGGCGUUGCGAGAUCAACAACAGGAAGACCGGAGGGCCCCUAUGCGGAUGUUCUUGGGAAACCGCUUAUCCCGAAGACAGUGUUUGGCGCGGAGCCGAUCGACCCGCAGGUGUUUGUUGAUGAUGAUGAGCGCGUGUGGCUGUAUUUCGGGGGGUGGAGCCAUGCGGUGGUGGUGGAGUUGGGGAGUGAUAUGGUGAGUUUGAAGGGGGAGUAUUCGGAAAUAACCCCCAAAGGAUGGGGAGAUGAUUCCUAUGGAGUGAGUUACGUUACUGGGCAGUCGCCUACGGGCCCGUUUACCACAGAGCCGAUCAAGAUUCUCUCCGGGAAUGCGACGGUCGGUACCGGGACGGGCCAUAACAGUGUGUUUACGCCGGAUGGACAGGACUACUAUAUCGUCUACCAUCGGCGGCCGGUGAAUGACACCGAGCGCGAUCACCGCGUGGUCUGCAUCGAUCGGAUGGAGUUUGAUGCAGAGGGAAAUAUCCUGCCGGUGGUGAUUACGACCGAGGGCAUAGAUGCAAGGGCAUUGAAUCAGCCUGUCUAG